AUGAAGGCUUCGAAAAUUUUUCAGCAUCUUUCUAACAUCUCUCGCAAAUUACACCCCCCCCCCCCACUUAACUGCUCAUUGACAAGCAAAAUUUGCAGCAGUUCCGCGGGAUUUGGCUUAGCAUUACAAAAGAAUAAUCAAGUAGAGUUUCAAUAUGUAAAUCAAUCUUUUCCGAGGGACGAAACAUCGACAAAUUUUCUUCCACAUAUCAGCGAACGCGAGGUUCCUGAAGUUGGAGAAGAAGAUCCAUCUACUCAUCCCACUGCCCGUCCUACGUUUAUGGAACGAAGUAAAAGCGAAAUGAAGUUAAAAGACAACCGGCGGUCAUGUUAUAUGCUCGAUGCAGUAGCUGGCGGUGGUAGUUUUCCCGGUGUACUGCCGAAAAGUUUGCGGAAAUCAAGUAGCUGUAGUACGAUUUAUAUGGAUGAUUCCACAAUUAGCCAGCCGAAUUUGAAAAACACCAUCAAAUGCAUAUCAUUAGCUAUAUAUUAUCAUAUUGCCAAUCGUAAGAAUCGCUCACAUGAGCGACUCAUGGAGAUCUUUGAAGAACGACUUCAUCCCAUUACGCGUGAAGCCUUACCACCUGAACUAAUGACGAAAGAUCCUGAUCAUAGACAGAUCUACCGAUUCGUUCGUACACUAUUUCAUUCUGCUCAACUUACCGCAGAAUGUGCAAUCAUAACACUGGUUUACAUAGAACGUCUAUUGAAUUAUGCUGAAAUGGAUUUAUGCCCAUCAAACUGGCGACGGGUAGUUUUGGGAGCCAUUAUGUUAGCAUCAAAGGUUUGGGAUGAUCAAGCCGUAUGGAAUGUCGAUUAUUGCCAAAUAUUGCGAGAUACCAAUGUCGACGAUAUGAAUGAAUUAGAACGACGUUUCCUUGAGUGCCUUGACUUCAAUAUCGAAGUACCCUCAUCUGUUUAUGCAAAGUACUAUUUUGAUUUGCGAACAUUGGCCUUGGCAAAUGACUUACAACUACCACUACAACCACUAUAUCGAGAACGUGCAAAACGCUUAGAGGCUGUCAGUAGAGUAUACGAAGAUAAAUUCAACAACUUCAAGCGAAGCUACUCGGCUGAACGUAUCCAAACGGAGAGAAGAGCGCCUACUGUACUUUCGUAAGCAUUAGUUUUACCAUUUUCGAAUUUUUAGUGGCUAAUAAAUCCUUCCAAAUUUUAUUUGCAAGGCCAGGUUCUUCUUAUAAACUUUAGUCAAAUUGUCUUCAUGUUAUUGUUGUAAUUAUUUGUGGUUUUAAAACUCGCUCACUAUUGAAGAUUGUUAUUUUGUCUGUUUUUUUUUCUAUUUUGUCCUACUUAUGCAAGAUUUUUCUAUCUCUCUAAUUUUUUCCUCUCCCUAUAAAUGCUGGUUUGUAAGCUGUUGUUCUGAUGCUUUUCGUGCAAAUCAUGUCCUCUGUUUGCCUAUUUCUUAGAUAAUUUAUUCAUAAUUUUGCUGUUAUGAGUGAUUCUUUCGUCAUCACUCCAUAAUAACGAAUGAUGUGCAGAGCUUCAAAGAAGGCCAUCUGCUAUUCCUAGGAUAUUUGCAAUGAUCGGUGAUGUAAAACCUAAGAGAUCGACUAAUAAAGUUUUUGAGCAUUGAA